AUGGGUUCUCUCGUAGGGCAUGUACUACCUGGCAUAGGGUUUAUGCUCAUUGGUUUAUGGCAUCUUCUCAACAACAUUAAGCUCCAUGCCCUUCACCCAACUUCCUACACAUCCCUAACAUGGUUCCCAACCUUCAAGCUCAGGCAUCUCGAGCUCUUCCUAAUCAUGGCUGGCUGCUUGGCCUCCAUUGCCAUGGAGCUCUUCGUCGGCCCAAAACGGCACCAUCCCUUCGCCCCCGACGGCUCCAUCCCCUACAACCAUCUCCACAACUUCGAGCACGCCUCGAUUUCCAUGACAUUCUUCACCUACGCCCUUCUCUCCCUAAUCAUCGACCGCGUCGCCUUGCCUGCCUCGCGCGGUGUGAAGCAGGCGCGGCACGGCCUGUCCUUAUUCCUCGGCGCCGUGGCCUUUUCCCAGGAGUUGCUCCUCUUCCACCUCCACUCGACCGACCAUUCGGGCCCCGAGGGACAGUUCCACAUGCUUCUUCAGCUCAUCAUUCUCGUAUCCUUGAUCACAACCCUAUUGGGAAUCGGAUUUCCCAAUAGUCUUAUGGUUGGUUUUGUUCGGUCUUUAAGUAUAUUUUUUCAAGGGGUUCGGUUUAUUGUGAUAGGUGUUAUGUUGUGGACUCCCGCUUUUGUCGCCAAGGGAUGUUGGAUGAACUACGAAGAAGCUCACUAUGUGGUCCGUUGCGACGGAGAAGCCUCGCUUCACCGCGCCAAGUCUCUUGCCAACCUUCUCUUCAGUUAUUUCGUUAUCGGAGUCGCCGUGUUCGGCGUCUACUUUUAUUUGCGUUUGGUGAAGAUUUAUGGGGAAAAUGACGAGUGUUUUUCACUUGAUUCGAAAGCCGACAAAGCGGAGAAAGGCACCGAUGAUGUUGAGUCCCAGAAGAAGACGAGCAUUCUCAGUGAGACUCACAAGAGUUUUAUUCAUGAUCAUGUUGGCGGAUUUGAGCUUAUGCCAAGGUAG